AUGUCGCUGAAUGGGCUUGACGGAGCUGCAGUCGCCGAAGCGCUCCAAGCUGCGCAGGCGGAUGCAGGAGGAUGGUUCCUGUUGAAGUACGUCAACCGCGAUACCGUGGAGGUGUUGAGCAAGGGAACUGGGGGAGUGCCCGAAGUGCGAGCCUUGAUCCAAAACUAUGGAGAGAAAUCACCACUGUACGGAAUGGUGCAAUAUCGACGCAAGAAGGUCGUUCUCAAAUAUGUGCCGGACGGGACAUCGCGACUGCUGCAAGUGCGGCUUACCGUGCAAUUUCAAUCUGUCCUGGAGACCUUCACACCGCAUGAUACCGUCUUCUCCUUCGCUGCGGCCUCCGAGCUGACCGAGUCCGCAUUGGGCCUGUCGACGAUGCUGCUCCCGUCUGCUGUCUCCUUGGCCUCGUCCAGCUCCUCCUUGCGGCGGCGCAGGCUGAACGAGAUCACCGAAGAUGCCGAGGAGGUCACUGUUCUGGCCGAGGAGGAGAAUGAAGAAGACGUUGAGAAAGAGAAGCAACAGGGACAGAGUCGCCUCGCUCUCGAUUUUCUACCACCACAAACAGACGAGGCGCCUCUGCCACAGAGUCCGAUCACAGCUUUCGGAAGGCGCGAACUCGAUGAAUUACCGGCCAGCGCCGUGCUUGCUAAAGCUCUACUGGCGAAAAGGAAGGAGGAAGCAGCUGCUGCAGCGUCUGCUCUCACUGGCACUCCCACCAGCAAUGCGCACUCCUCGCAGGAAAGGGACCUGCAUCCUCCACGAAAGGAGGGUUUGCUUGCGUCCCCCAAAUUGUCUACCUCACCCUUACCUUCGCCACUGCCUUCAAUCAUCACAGAUAAAGCGCUCCCAGCGACGCCCGAGCCCACACCACCCUCUACCAGCGAGGGAGAACCACCCACAGCACCAGACUUCGACACCACGAGCAAUAUCCUCUUGGGUGCCACCGCCGCGACUGCAGCAGAAUCCUCCAGUCAGACUACCCCUCGCCCUCACACUCGUCAUCUUUCAGCCGCUGAGUCGGACAGUAUCAGCCAAUGGAGCAGUAAUGUGACGUCUUAUGCAACGGCGAAGCCAAAGAAGAAGAAGCGAGGCCCACGUCCACAUGUCGAACCGACUGGACGUCCAAAAACAUCUGGAACAAUCGACAGUAGCACGGGUAUACGGCCAGUGGCUAAUCUGCCAACCUCUAUUCGGGUUAAUAAUAAGUCUCUGGUCAGUCUGGGACUUAGACCCGGCUCGCAGCAGUCAACCCGGAGUGUCCCAGGUCGAUUUGCAACGUCGAGCCAGUCGACAAACGGCGCUCCUCCCCUUCCAUCACCAUCUUUUCUGCGGGCACCCUAUAGCCCCAGCGAUAGUCGAUCUGCUAUACUAGGGCCCGCAUCGGUCACCGGAGAUGCAUACACAGCAACCCCAGAGAAGGUCCGAUUAAUGAAGGCUCUGCAAUUGAGGAAGAGGAAUAUGCUCUUAGCUCAGAGAGCUUCGGCGCUAUCCUCAACGCAAUCAGAUGUGCACAGCCAGAACGCGUCGGAAGCAAGUCUAAGCACGGACACCUCGAGUACUCGUUUGUCAUCGAUACCUAGCCAGGAGCAGCUCUCGAAUCUGGAUGAGGAGACGAAAUUGACACAUUCCUCUUACACAACGUCCCCGACGACUAUGACGUACAUCUCUGAAGAACCGUCAACCAAGGCUUCGUCUUUCAGCGAACACGCCAAUACUCCUCAUUCCCGCCGCUCGCUGUCAUCGGCUACCAGCUCAUCACUCACACCGAAAGCCCCGGCCGAGGACGAGAAGGCCGGCGCGGAGAGUACACGAUCUGCAUGUAUAAGACCGUCAAGCAUUUCAACCACCUCCAUUGCCGCAAUCGAGACUGAAGACGACCCUCAUGCUGACGUAAAGGUAGCUUUGGCCUAUCUGGAAGCAGUACCAGACAAGGAACCAGACACUUGUGUCAUGGAGAUCAGACCUCAACAGAGCUCGGAGGCUCGGCGCGCAAUUCCAGUCGUCACAUCAGCAACACAGCACUCUUCACCUAGGAAAUCAAGGCGCCUGGCACCACCAGAACCUCUGAAGCUACGGCCAAACAGCCAUGCUUCAACAUCAGACCUUUCGGACGAUGACUCGUUGAUGGACGAAAUACAUACUGCCACGGUCCACGAAGCUAAGCCAAUAUCUGUCGCGCGAUCACCAGUGACUCCAAUCAUGUCCAAGGGAAGUUCUGAUCGUCUGCGUGAGGUUGUCAACAAGCCUCCAACUACAAGCCAUUCAACAACCGGACGGAGCGCCGCAACCACACCUGAGCGCGGCAGAUCCGCCAGUGGAAGCGUACGGAGCGUGUCAACGGCCCUGCCACAGUGGCCGCCAUUACCCGCAGAGCCCAUUUCAGCCCCUUUAACGAAGAAGGCUACACUCGGCACGGGCAUUUCAAAACGCAUCAAAGCCUUAGAAGUGCUGAGGACAAAAGAUGUAAGCCCUCCGCGUCAGCCGGUUCGCGAGACCAGUGCCGGGACUUCGGCUUUUUCAACUUUCAUGAAGCGCUCGUCGCUUCUUUCGAAUCAGCAGCAAACCCUCAACGCGUCGACUGAUAAUUCACCUCCAAAAGCCUUGCCAACGACAGGGCCUCAGUAUGACCCCCAUUCCUCGCUCGCUGGGAGAGAAAUCCAACGGCCAUCAGUUGAUGUGCAUAGAGCGUCCCAGAAGGGCGAGACUAUCUCCGUGACAGCACGUAUUGUGCGGGAUCAAAACAGCAAGCAUCCCCCUCAAGCCCCCAGCUCCAACUACCACGCUCCUUUGAAUCUGCAUAAGAGUCCUUUGAUUGUCGAACAUGAGAAGCACGACCCAGCGUCUGAUCGAAGCCUGGCUGCCAAUCAACCCAGGGUUAAAAGCCCCACGAAAUCCGACCGAGGCCGAUUUUCCUUUUCUUCGCAUCGGUCGAACUCCCACACGAACCUCCCUCGGUCAAGUUCGGAUCACAGCAAGGUUUCCAAGUCUGGCAACCACAAGCGGCAUGUCACUUUGUCCGUCAGUGAUGCCGCAUCCAUAGGCGACGACAAGGCCAAAACAUCGAUGACCAGCAGACUAAUGAAGCGGAUGUCGAAUUUCACCACCUCGCGCAACAGAAACCAGUCGCCAGCGAAGGGACAGUCCCACCAAUCUCAGCCAAGUCAAGAUUACCAGGACCUGCCUCGAGAGAACUCGAUAGCAGAUUCGUUACUUCACGUAGUCGACAUUGGCGACGUCAACGUCCAAUUUCCAGAGUCGUUCUUAUGGAAACGGCGCUUUAUGAGGAUCGAUGACCAAGGAUACCUAAUCUUCUCACAGCCCGCGACAGAAAGCAAUAUGAAAAGUGUCAGCCGCAAAUAUCACCUGGGCGACUUCAAGCGACCAACUUUGCCUGAUUACGAACGGGAAGAGAUGGCUUGGAGCGUCAUACUUGACUUGAAAGAUGGGAGAUGUAUACAGUGUGCGUGUGAAAGCAAGCAGUUCCAGCAACAAGUGCUGCAAAUGCUUGUUGACGCCCAUUCUGCGUACCUCCAAUUAUACGGGGCCAGAUGA